AUGGAACUGCAACGGACGAAUGUAAAAGUUGAUAAAUUAAAAGAUAAAAUACCAGGGCCGCCGAAUUUAGACACAGCGGUGAUUAAAUUACAGCAAAAAACACGCAAUAUUCAUAUUGGAUUUAUAUUUGACGGAGAUCAACAAUUAUUGCAAUUAAUAUGCUUGUUAUUAAGUUCGACGCCUGCUGGCAAACUGUAUAAAGGAUGGCAAGACUUUGGAAGUGAGCUGGGAUUGAAGAGAGAACAGUUACUGUGUAUUGAAUAUAAUUUUAAGGGACUCCAAGACCCGACUUAUUAUGUUUUGUUGACUUUUGCGCAAUUAUUGGAGUCAACGUUUGAUAAAUUGUUGAUAGCUUGUUGUGAUAUAAAACGCUUUGAUAUCAUCAAUAGAAUUAUAGGCCCUCUAGAUGCCUUCAUUGAUAAAUUAUCAAUAGAUCCUCAUUGUCAAGGAAUUCAAAGGCCUAAAACACUACCCAGAGUGCCAUUAGUUUUAAAGCCACUGAUAAGUGAGAAUAUUUGUUCGACUAAUCCACCAAUAAAGAAAUUAAACUCUACAAACAGCACUAGUCAAAAGAAGAAAGUAAAUGAACGAAGUUAUGGGAGUAUUGUAAUGCUGACAUUUACAAAAGACGGUGAAGAUAUAUCCAGGAAUAUUUGUCAAAUAUUCCGGGAGCAAAAUCCUAAAAUCGGUGUUUUGAUUUUACAAGAACAAGAAAAAUUUGUUUACUCACGCGUAGAAGAAUUCAUCGACGAUUGCUUCAAGCAAGUUAAUUAUAUCAUUCCAAUUUUAACCACUGGUUAUAUUAAUCAUAUCAACAAUUUAACCAAUAAUGAUGAUGAAGAAAAUUUGUUCAAUAGUUUGGACCAUAAAUAUGUCAAAUAUUUAUACUCGUUGAUGCGUUUUGAGUAUUGUAAAAAUAAUUGUCAUAACGAUCGCAUCAGAUGCAUUGUUCCGAAUGAAAACUUAUUGGAUGUAAUUAAAGCUGAUUUACAUCCUUGUCUACAAGCGUGGUUUAAAUAUUCUGAUAUUGAUUCAUUUACUAAAAAUAUCUUGUUGAAGAAGUUUUAA